CUUCUCUUUGCGGGGAGGAGUGUAUAAAAACGUAGGAGAUGAGUGAUAGGUCGAGUUUCGCCGGGCCAAAGCCUCAUCACAGAAACCUGCACAGUGGUGGCGAGCGCUCAGCUGACUACCAGCCUCCUCCCCGAAAGCAAAGGCGUACUACAGGCUCCAAAUCAACUAGACAGCAACACUCCGCUCUCCAAAUGUCUGAAGCAAGCAGAGAGCCGGAGAGGCAACCGACUAAAAAGAAGAAAAAGAAAAACAGAGCGAAGCGUGGCUCUGAAGCGCCUGAAAAGGCUGCAGCGGAGCGGCCUCUGCCUGACUUUCUAUCACUGGAUACAGCUGAAUUUCCUCCGCCCGGAGCCGCUGCCUCUGCCGCACCUCCCAGACCCAAAGUCAGUAAGAGAGACGACCCACAGGGCCAUGUACCCUACGUAGAUGAAUCACAGGAUCCUGACACUCCUAGAGGGCCUUCCUCAGUGUAUCCAUUUGUGCGUCCUCUGCCAAUUCUAGACCCAGGACCCUCACCUACUGCACACAGACCCCCACUUUUGCAAGCCCCAUCUGGUAGUGUGGGCAGAGGGUCUGGCAUUCUCCCAUCUCGACGUACACCUCCGCCUGUGUUUGAUAUGAGGGGGGCCAGAGUUUUGCAAAGUCCACCACAGCUGUCCCCCAUACCUGCAUUCCUCCUGGUACUAGAUCCCAUUCUUACUUCCACGGUCCAAACAGUCCUCCACCGCCACGCACUCAAGUACCGUUUCCACGGCCUCACUUUCAUGAGAAUUUCAACAUGCGUGCUGGCCUACCACGACCUCACUUUCAUGAGAAUUUCAAUAUACCUGGUGGCCCACGGGUGCCUCCACAGUUCCAUUUCCCACCACGUCCACAACGUGCCCCAGAACACCCUAAUAUAAACUGGGGCGAUCCUCAAAAUCAUCCACAGCAUCAUUUCCCUACUCUUCCAUGUCCACAGGCCCCAGUGCGUGAACGCCAACAACCGGACACCAGACCUUCCUUGGCUGCAUCGGAACACAGCAGACCAGUGUUUCCCAAUCCAGACACUCCGGACGAGUCGAUACCUCCUGCUCACCCUUCCUUCCACUCCAGAAUGGAGUCCGCCUCCUCAAACCUCUCUACGAGGCUCACUUUCACUGACGUUCGAGGCCGACCCGACUCACAUCAAAUCGUGGUUAAGAAAAUCAACGACCGUCUCGAUGCAAUAAUCGACGAUCUGGCAUCCACUGGCAAGUUUGUUCCCGAGCACGUCGUGAAGGGUUUUAAAGACAAACUCAAGUUGGAGGCUCGAUGCUACAUCAACGAAAGAGAAAUCCCAGUGUGGGAGAGAUUUUCGAAAACCCAUGGGCGCAUUGCCGAGCUGAUCAAGAUUUUUUGCAGGAUGAGCCCAAUCACAACUCUGUACGAACUGGAACAAGCCCUCGUGUCUGCAGAGAAAGUUGCAACUUUUUCAGAGCUUCGUAUCGGACCACUCAUCAAGCAUCCUGCCGUCGCAAAGUUCUUUCAACCUCCGCCUGAUUUGCAGGAGAUUCCCGAAAUAUCGGCUCAUGCAAUUCAGAAGACUCUGAUGAAGUUUCUCGACAAGACAAGGAAGGUGGCUGCAAGAGGCGAAAAACAGUCGGUUCAAGAUUUUCUCGAUUUCUUUGCCAAAAGUCUGUCCAGGCCCACACCGCAUCAUCUGUGUGUCCGGAUCACCAGUUUCCCCUUAGCCAUACAGACAAACUUGCAUUCCGGAGAAUGAUGCGCCAUUCACGAGACUGUGUCCAGGGGAAAAUCGAGGAGGAGAUCAAAACUAUCGUAACCCACGAGGUAGACCAGGUGCGCUGGAGACUCUCCCAAAUGACAGACCCGCGCAGUAGCGUGUUGGCAGCAAGGCAACCCUCCACUCUACUGUCAGACAUCUUUGCCCUCCUCGCAAAUUAUCUACCGGGCCACCAGAAUGCAAGAGUGAACGCGUUUCUCCAGCUGGUCUGUCACCAGGAGCACGUGAAAAGGAUGUUUCUACUGGCGGUGUAUGUGGGAGGGUACGGAAUAGAGAGGUUGGCCAGAGAGGUUGAGCAGGAGAGGAGUAGGGACGAGCAGGCUGCAACAACACCUCAGUUUGCACGGCCCCAGCCAGAGUUUUUCCACAGGACACAUGGAGAAGUUCUUGAUGUUCUUCUUCCCCUGCUGAAACAACAACCGUUCCCGAUCAGCCUCACGUCUCUGGCCGAGAUCGAGAGAGCCGUGGUGGACAGAUUCGACGCUCCGUCGUUCCACCCACUGAGUCGGAUUUCGUUUCUCGAUUUCCUCGUCUCUGACGCGGGGUGUACGGCUGCGCUGGGGGGAUCCCUGAACGUCGGUGCCUCGGGAAUUGAUGAGAGUGGGAAGAAGAGGGUGGUGGAGAUUGUGUCUCAGUUGAGGCAAACUGAGAGAAAUGACAAGGAGGUAGUUUCAGAGACGCUGAAGCUCCAGUGCAGUGUUACGACAGUCGACGAGCUCUGUUGUGGCAGCAUUGAGAAACUCAUCAGCGACGUCACGGAGAAGACCGACACCAACUCGACUCCUACACCCUGCGUGACCUACCUCGCUCCGCUUCUCGUGAACGGAGCAAGCAGCGGUGACUCGUGCAAACAGCGGUCCUCUCCAUCUCUGGGACCUCUCGGGCAUAAGAGCAAAGAGGACACCCUCUCGUGUCUGUCUAGCGCACCUCUCCUGGAAGACCUGGCGAGUUGGUCUCAUUGGGACCUAGUCUUUAGACCGCAACACGGAGACUUGGCAAAGUUCGUAGCGGAAGAAGGCUCCCGGUCUGAGCUACAUGUCCUGGAGGUUUCCCCGGGGGUUCUGCUGAGGGUCGACCCCCAAGCUUCGCAUCAGAAAUUUCUAGAAGCGGUUGAAGCGAGGGACCCGGUUGGUACGUCAGGGCAGCUGGUGUCAAUUGCCGUCCAGCAAGGCAGCGUUCACGAGGUGUCGAUGAAGCUACUGGGGAGUCACGUGCAGACUGCUCUAGAUCGGAUGAUGGCAUCUGAGUCGGCUGGGUCUGGUCAGGAUGGUGGGGAGCCGACAGCACGGGCGACUGAAUUUGUCUACCGCUGCAUCGUACGAAUCCCUCUCAAACUCUGCCAGUUCAUGGCUAAAGAAGUGUUCCUGGAGCCCCUGAGUAGAGCAUCAAGCCAUGCGGCAGUGGAGGGUCUGCUGGGCCACUGUCAACGGGACAGAGAAGGAAGGAGACACCUCCAGUCACUGGGAAUGAGUCUCGGAGUCAAGGCCUGGACUGACGACUUCUCCACCAUGCUGGGGGAGACUCUGAGGUCCCACAUGACUCCUAAACCCAAACCACCAACCUCAGAGAUCAAGUCGAGUGACACAGAUGAGCCACUCUCCAUUCCUGACACUCAAAUCAGGGAGGGAGAAGUAGCGCCAGCACAAACUGCUGUGGAACCCUGUGAACCGAGUGAUGACACUGACCACGACCAGACAGCGAGUACCCCCAUGACCCCCGCCACCACUGUCCACCCCGAGAGAGAGUCUGAGUGUCUGGCCGUCAUCGAGAGCAUCCGCAGCGAGGAUUUCGGCAUCGGCCUCGAGCUAGAGGGACGCCAGAAAGAGGUGGCCCAGAAACAGAGACAGAGAGAGGGGAGGGGGCUCCAGCGGCUCUCCAAGGAACUGUACAGCAAAGACACUCAUUUUGUGCUCGAGUUGAUCCAAAACGCAGACGAUAAUAGUUACGACGAGUCAGUGCUCUUGGCAGGUUCUGUUCGUGUACCGGCGCUCAAGUUUAUCAUAGGGGCGUCCGGUGUGACAGUACUGAACAAUGAGGUGGGAUUCAGCGAGAGAAACGUCCGUGCCAUUUGCGACGUCGGCCGUAGCACCAAGGGGGCGCACCACUCGGGCUACAUCGGGCAGAAGGGAAUCGGGUUCAAGUCGGUGUUUCGUAUCACGGACACGCCAGAGAUUCACUCCGGUGGCUACCACAUCAUGUUCGACGCCAAAUGUGACGCCAUUGGCUACAUCCUACCUCACUGGAUUGAGGAACAUGACAGAGGAAAUGCUGCUGUUGGAAAAGGGUGGACAACAACCAUAGUGCUACCACUGAAGGAAGACCAGCUGGCCGUUAGUCUAGUGAGAAAGUUUGGAGACGUGCGUCCGUCCCUCCUCCUCUUCCUCCAUCGCCUGAGGAGCAUCACCGUGGAAGAUAAGGGUUCGGGGGUGACAAGAUUUAUGACUCGAUCCGACGGCAGUGAGGGCAUCAUUCAAAUAGAGCACAAUAGUUACGAGGGAACAGUGGAGAAAGAUACGUGGCUGGUCGUGAGGAAACAUCUCCACAAUGCUUCACAGUUUAAGGCGGAAGUGGAGGUCACUGAGGUCGCACUAGCCUUCCCUCUGGGGGCACACGUGAAAACAGUUGUCUUAGCAAAGGACCUGCAGCAACAGCAGGUAUUUGCCUUCCUCCCACUGCGGAGCUAUGGCUUCAGGUUCAUAGUUCAGGGGGACUUUGACCUCCCGUCCUCCCGCGAAGACGUCAACAGCGACAGCGUCUGGAAUCAGUUCAUUCGCGACGAAAUCCCACAACUAUUUCUGUAUGCACUGGAAAAGAUCAAGAAACUGCCUGGAAUCUCAGUCACAGAAGCCGUGGCUCUCUAUCUCCAGUUCAUCCCACUCGACGGCGAGCUACACGACUUCUUCAAACCCGUCGCCAUUCGAAUUCGAAAUCUGCUCCGCGGGGCAGCCUGUCUUCCCACGGAACCUGGCCUCGAGGACAUUUCAGAGCCUUUCUCCAUCGUCCAGGCCCUCGCUCGCCCCGACACUCAAGAGACACAUGGCCAGAACCCGCUCUGGAAACAACCUUCUGAACUGGUGGUAGCUCGCAACGGCUUCAUCCGCGCCGUGGUCCCACAAUCCUUACUAAACUCCGCCCUCCACUACUUUUACCUCAGCCCAGAACUGGCUCCUCACCUGAGUCCGGCUCUUCAGAGCCACCUGGGGCUACACACUCUUUCCAUUGACCACCUCGUGACAGUGGCUGAGGCUGUUGUCCGGAGCUACUCUGGAGCCUCCGUCAUUAUGCUGAGUGACGAUUCCGAUGAAGAUUCACCGAUUUUUAUAUCAGACGACGAAGAUGAUAAUGAGAGUAGUUCAAAGCGGCGGGGGAAAAGUGCUCCAGUGACAUCUCACAAUGUGUUUGUUCGUUGGGUCGCGCAGUGGCUGGCCUGUGUGCACAUAGUUCUGGAGGACGAAAGGGACAGAAGUCCGCUGACACUCGGAAAGUUGAAGAAGACAAAGAUCCUUCCUCUCACGAGCGGAGCCCGAGUAGCAGCCCAGGACGGUAGCCUCUUCUUCCCUGCUGAAGGAGACAGUGUGUCCUCUGCAAGGUUCAAGGGACUGUUUGAUGAGAUAAUGGUGGUGGACACUCAGCUGUUUGAAACGAACCAUUAUCAUCAGCAGCAGGAGGAGGGGGACCAGGAGAGGGUCACCACUGGCAUGGUGAAGACGUCCCACAGAGUCCACGCCAUGCUGGAGCUACUGGGAGUCAGGGAGAUGUUCCCUGCUGAGGUCAUCAGGCACCACAUACUGCCCUGCUUCACCAGCGAUCACUGGAAGACAAAGCCGGCAAAUCUGCUGACAACAUACCUGGUGUACAUCAAGGACAGUCUCGGGGUCCAGGGCUCUGGGGUGACAGAGCAAGAGAUCGUGUCUCUGCUGCGCGACUGCGUGGCUCUGGUGACCAGGAAACACGGGGUGGUUCAGCCAGCGAAAGAGGUGCUGCACUUCGCCUCUCAGUUUAAGCCCAGCUACGACCUGGAGAAGCUGUUUCCAGAUGUGCAGUGGAAGUUGGUAAGUCCUAACUACCUGAAGAGUUUCACGGCACAGAAUGCAGUGGCUUCCUGGAGAGCUUUCCUGCUCAAACUGGGAGUCAGAGAUAAGAUUGCAGUCACUAGUCUCACUGAAAGGGUUCCUGAGGGCCAUGAGAGAUGGCAGGAACUUAGAGAUUUUGUCGGUCGGUCCCCCGACGGAGCAUACACCCUGCGCGACUAUCGAUGCAGUGAAUUUGAAGAGAUAGUUAGAUCCGUCGCUACUACCUCUCGGAGAGGUAACACACACCAGCAAAUGGUGGAGCUGCUGCGUCUUCUCGACAAGCUAUGGGACCAGGAAUACCGCCAGUUUUCCUUCGCCAAGUGCUACAACGGCUCAAAUGAAAACUAUCUAGGUGGAGACCAGAGCUUACCAUCAGCAUUUCAUCACGCGCUCAAGGAACUAGCUUGGCUUCCGGGCGUUUCUCUUCCGAGCGAAAAGCCUUACGGGAAACCUAACCAACUUUAUAAGGGUCGGGAACUAUUUGACAGGUCCAGAGCCAACCAGAGGCUUCUCAACUGCCACGUUCCGUACGUUGCAUGCGAGAUAAAAAAUCCCCAACUUUUGGAGCUACUUCAGGUGCGAUGUCAGGUGGGCGUGGACGAGAUGGUGUGUUUUCUUCAAGAGUGGGCAAAGGCCGCGUCUUCUCCGGGGGCACAGUUCAAAGCCAGCGUUGCUCACAUGACAGAGGUCUACUUGUUUCUGUACCAGCAAUCCCAGCAGAUGUACCGUGGGGGCCAGGGAGGAAGCAGUAUUGUAGAUAGGCUUUCGAGUAGCGACCAGACCCCAAUAUUUGUGCCCGACGUGUACGACAGUAAUAUGCCCGCCACGGAGAAUGUUAGGGGGCAGUUUUAUUCAGUGCACAGUGUUUGCUGGGUAGAUCCAAGUGGGGUGCUAUACUCCAAACAGCAGUACAACCACAAACUCCCCUCAGAUCUACCAAAGGUUCUACAGCUCUACUACGCUAGUGGGGACGGGGGUUCACAGAAAUACCUGGAGUUACAGAUGGCUCUUAAACAUUUUUGCGUGCGCGAAGUUCCCACUGCAGCUGCUUAUAUAACGGCCCUCCAAUACAACAGUUCCCUGGCUCCAAUACCUGAAAAACACCACAUCAACGAUUUCACGAGUAUCGCUCUGCAUCUGUCCCGCGUGUGCAUGAGCGGUCUUAUCACCCCACAGUUUCUCCAGCAGCAACUGAGAGAAGGCAAAGUGUUCCCUUCCCACAGAGACCUCUGGGUCUCACUAGACGUAUCAGUGGAAUCCUGCUUGCUCGAAAACGACGACUCGAAGUUGGAAAAAAAUUUCACCGAGUGCAAGGGUGUACACUUUCUCAAGUGGCCGGUGGCAAUUCACAAGAAGGCCCCAAGGUACAGACACAGUGAAGAGCAGCAGAAAGAGGAAGAGAGGAAGCACUUUAUUGAUACGUGUGCUGGUAUUGCCAAGCUGAGCGAAGUGGUUCAGUCUAGUGUGUUUCAUGACGGUAUGGUCAUGCGUCUUGAUGACUUGCGAAGACGUCUACACGGAAUGGUUCCCCUGCUUCAGAGGUAUUUAAUCGCCAACGAAGAUGAACUCUACCAGUCUAUACUGCGUGAAAACAUGAAGGAAAAGCUUGAGAAAAUGUUCAUUGGCUCUGUCCUUUCGCUCAAGUGCACGUACUCCAUUCAGCACCGUGGGUUCUCAUGCACCAGUCCUUCCCAGACAUCGCCUGGUAGUGAUUUCAUUGACAGCACCGAAUACGACAGUGCUGCCUUGUAUGUUGUCGCCAGUAAAGUCGAGAACCCAAAGGCCUUAGUCCCCACCCUUGUCAAAAUCUUCUCCGGGAAAAGUGGCAGUAAGUUCGUAAACCUUACCCAGUUUGAAAGCCUUGUCAAAGACAUGCUUAUGACGCCAGUGGGAGAGCUAGAGAGCAUCCCAAAUGACACUCCGUAUACGUUUGGGGAGGUUGAUGCUGACAGUGCGUGGAUUAUUCCCUUUGACGAAGAACCUGAACCGUCAUCAGAAAGUGAACUGGAAGAAUACUAUGAACUUGGUCCAAGUCCGGACGGUGAGGGAAUGGAAACGGGAGAAAGGGACGGUGUUGAACCAGAUACCGAUGCUCUGAGGAGCUGGCCACCCAAAGCCCCGGUUUCGGUCGGUGGAUCUUCCAGGUACCCUCCCAAACCACCUCCGCCUGGCUGCGCAGAGGCAGACGUUGUGGGAGAAGAUGACAUUAGGAAGAUCUCUGAGAAGUACGCCAUGGGGAGGAGAGGGGUGGCUAGAGUACCCAGCAGAGCCGAUCAUGAGCAUGGGGAAGCUGAGGAUGAACAUCCCAAACUGAGCAGAGCUGAUAGUAGGACUGCCCCUAGCAUUAGCUCUACAAAUGACAGGCAGGGAAGUGACUCUGUGGCACCAAAUCUCGAUAGACAGGCAUCAGCUGAAGGGGCAAGGGAUGGUAGGCAGUCAAGGGAGGGAAGCAGAGGACAACAACAGCAACAACAAGAAGAUGAACAUAGAAAUGAGCAGGAUGACGUGGUACAUGAUAGAAGAGAAGCUGGCGCUGUUCAUAGAAAAAAAGACUCUCCCCACGAAGACUUGGAGAGACACAGUGGAAAGGCAACUGGAGGAGAGAGAAGGGAGCGAAGGUGGCAUGAAACCCUUAGGCCAGAUGCUGCUCUAUUUGCACAAGGGUCCUUCAGUGUUGCAUCAGCUCUUAAACCAGUUUCAGUAGAAUCGCCCGAGGAUUUACUGAAUCGGUCGUUUAUGGAAUCGUGCGACCAGGAAUCUCAGGAACGGAUAGGGAGAUGGGGUGAAGAGUACGUGUACAAGUUCCUCACUGCCGCUAGUCAACUUCCCAGUGGGCAGCGGAUUCUAUCAGUCACGUGGAUAAAUGAAACCAGCGAGACAGGUGAACCCUAUGAUAUAGAGGUGCAGAUUGAGCCCCAAACCGUGCUGUACAUCGAGGUGAAAAGCACAAUAUCGGCUGAAAAGGAAUUCAUGCAGUUCUCGUGGAACGAGCUCCAGUUUGCCGAUAAGGAAAAGCAAAACUACCACUUAUACCGCGUCUACAGUGCAGGCUCUGAGUUGGUCACCAUGAAGUGGAUGGAAAAUCUUGCAAGUAUUUUAACCACACGUCCUGUCCGCCUCCUUCUUGAACUCUGAUUCAACGCAACAGUUUCAUUUGCUACAUUUUACAUAAGUAUCAUCUAUUUCACCAUUAUCGUUCUUGAGUUGUGGUCCAAAAGUUGACCAUAAUGCACAGUAUAAUACAUAAUAUAGUUCCAGCAUUUAUGACUUCUCUGUUGAAACUCCAAAUAGUUUUUAUGUUUACAUUUUAUGCAUCACCUAUAAUAAUUUUACUAUCUCAUUAGAGUUUAUCUACUUCUAUUGAAGUGAAUGCCAAUCCAGGGGGUAAAUGCCAAUCCAAAGUGUUGAAAGGGGAGUCAGUGUAUUAGAUUUUCUCAAGAACAAAUGCUCCGUAGUCAGGCACAUCAUCGACGUUAGAGAGACGAAAAUCGGUGCUGCUGUGUGGAUCGUGCUUUAUUACGAAGUAACAGCCAGUGUAUUGAUGGUAGAGGGCCACCCUGCCACUUUUGUUGCUGUCAGUGUCUGCAUCUGUUGUCAGAUCAGCAUAGCUCUUCAGUACCCAGUGAGAAGGACCAGGUUGCAACGUAUCACAAAUGAAUUGAGGCUGUGCAAAAAAAACUCUGUGCACACAUACACAGGACUAGCAUUAGUGGUUCACCUACCUUUCCAGUUACAAUGUGUCCAUGUUCAUAUCCACAGAGGUAUUUGCUCUUGUCCAGAUAACUUCUGAAAGUCACUAUCUCUUCGCUGUUUUCGGUCCAGGUCACACGCUGUUUCUCAAAGAUGACUGCAGAGGAUGCAGAUAGCUAUCUGCCCUGUCUCUAGUACAUUCACUUACCAUUAUCAUUGCCAGGUUCAUCAGUGGUAGAGACACUCAGGGUCCCCUCAUCGUUAAUCAUGACGUAGCCACCAUUCUGCCCCUGGAAAUUUAUCUUGCAGGGGUUAGGCUGUGCCAUCUGGCUAUUGACUGCUUGGCUGGAUUGGUUUUACUGAGUGGCUGCAUGAGUGUUUUAUAGUGUGCCAAUGUCGAAAGUGUUGUGUUUUAUGUAAACAGGGCAGAAUUUUGGGACUGGCUCCAUGCUGGAGAAUAACAAAUCGCUUAAUGAGCAUGCGCAUAACUACGCGCGUGAUUAGUGCGCGUGCGCGCGCACACUCAGAUCGUGAACGCCGUCGUCGGUGUGUGUGGGCUGGUUCGCUCAGUCACGAAGUCGGUGCUAAGUGCAGUGAUCGCGAGAUGAGCGUUGCCUCAUCGCGCCACCUCCCCGGCGCUAUUUUGUCUAAUACUUCUAGCAACAGCACAAAAGGAUCACAUGACAUACCUGACUCAUUAAUCAUAACAUCGGUGGUGUUGGGCAGCACAUUUGUCUUUUUCCUGGUUCUGUUUCUCCUCGUCCUCCUCUUCUGCUGGCAUAGGGCUCGCAUACGCAGACAGAUCCGCCGCCUCGUGGGAGAUCUUCCCAGUAACAGCUAUGCCACCAGCAGUCUGAGCCUUGAGCAGAGCCACAGACACAGCAUGAGAUACAGCAGCUUUGGGAAAAGGAGGCCUCCUAUCUUCAUCCUUUAUGCACUUGAGCUGGCAACUUACCAGAAGAUACGUAGGGAGGACUACCCAACAUACAGUCUAGUAUUGGACCUGACAAACAUACUGUAUGCUCUCGACCUCCCAUGCUACCACGACGGAUCAGACUCAUUUCAGAACGACUCUAUUGAAGCUUUCUCCAGUAAAGUCAGCAGAGCAGUGAGAGACGCCAAAGCUGUGGUCGUGGUGUGUUCCGAGGUUCUCACCACUGCAUUUCACGAGGCCAAACGCAAAAGGAGAAACGCUCAGAUGAAAUUUGGAGAGUUUAGUGUUGUGCGAGUCAAAAAGGUGAUGGAAAUGUUCAGGGGAAAGUUUGUUCCAGUUAUACUGACUGGAGGGAGCUCAGUUAGUCCUGAGCUUCAGGGCAAACGCUGCUUCGACCUCCACAACUAUGAGCAGUUUCUGUCGACUGCCAGAGGAUCGGUGAACAGUGUUAGUGUGCAGAGUAAGGACCCUCAGUUUUCAGAGUUCGCUGAACUAGCCCUAGAACUGAAACAGUUGCUGUAUUGAUCGGAUCAGUGUGCGCAUGCGUGGGUGUGAACGUGCGCACGCGCGCAACAUAAAUCUCCGUACCAUCAGUAUACCCGGCGCCGCAGCUACGGAAGCCGCAGGGAGAGUGAGUGCAGUGGUAAUACGUAUUAUGGCGUUGUGUCAGUGUGGAAGUUUGUCACCGUAUUUGGUUCUUCUCCUUAUAGCAAUUCUCUGUGCUUGUGGUGCAGAAGACCAGAGCAUUACCAUCAACAAUGACAGAGACUGUAGUGGUCGGGCCACUCCAAAGAUAAGAAGUCAGUCGAGUCGCAGACCCUUUCCUUCCCUCUGGAGGGACAGUACACAUGUACUGUGAGGUGGAGUACCCAGAUUCCUUCUCUGCAUCUAGAACCAACGCCUCUCACUGGAGGUUUCCCCAUAGACUCAACUCUGCCCCUCCUGCCAAUGAAUCAUUCACUUUCCACGCUUCCGGCAAUAUAUUAAGGGUCGACCUCACCAUUAUGAACUUGACGACGAACGACACGGCUGACUAUGGGUUUACUGUUGGAGAAUGCUCGUUUGAGUGUGCAAAUAUAUCCCUACAUGUGGACGAAUGCUUAGGUGUAAAACCAAAACCAGUAACCCAGCAAAAUAUAUCGGUUACUGCACCUCUCAGUGCAUCAUCUGUGACACUUGUUGCAAAUUUUACCGGUGAUACGAGUGGAACGUAUCCAAUCGUAUUUUCCAAACAAAGUGUGAUAGACUUGCCGUUUCAUGACAGCAACAAGUACUCUUACAUGAGGUCUAAAGUGUACCAAAACUGCUUCUUUUCUGGUGUGCUUGUCAUCCACAACCUGUCUGUGGCAGAUACUGGUAUGUACACGGCACAUGCCAUGGGACUUGGCUAUAGGAGCCCACAGAUGUUAUUUCAUGUGAAAGUAAUAGACCCUGGCCUGGAAGAAAACCUUAUGAAACUUAUUUCGAUCUUAGCAGUUGUCAUUGUACUUUUGCCUGUGGUUUUGUGUGCUGCUAUGUACGUGAGCCGAAGAAAAAAGAAGAUAAGGACCUACAACAUGCGCCGGCACGACAGCAACCACUACGACGGGAACCAUCACGGGUUACUAAGACAGCUACAAACAAGCCAUUCAGGUUAGUUACACACACUUUCAUUCUCAUGUAGGAUGCAUCUGUGGUGUACAAUCCCCUUCCUUUUUGAGUCACAUUUCUUUGGAGUAUACUAGUCCCUUUACAAACCACAAUAAUUUAUAGUACCUUUAUCCUCCACCUGUGCACUCUUUCUUAUCACUAUCCAGAUAACAUUUCAGGCCCUUUGGUCUCUAUCCAGAGGAAUGUUCUAAAUACACAGCCUGCCUCAAACGCACAUUCCUCAGUCUUUAUUCUCUACUGCCGAGAUGGAAUACCGGAAGAUGACAUUGAAGACUUGUUGCAAGUGCUGGAACAGUGUGGGAUUCAGCUCCACGUUGACUUGAGGGCCCAGGACGCACACGGAGAGCUCCCUGAUAACUGGACACGCUGGAUGCAGGCAGAGUUAGAGUCCCGUAAACAUGUUGUGGUGAUAUGCUCCUCUCAGCUCCAGCAUGCGUUUGCGCACGCAAAUGACUCGCGAAUGGGCUAUGUCGAGAUGUGCAGAGGCCAGUUUCAUGCCAAGUCCGUCCUGAACUGCAUACAACCGUCAAAGACAGUUCUGGUGUUUGUCAACUGCUCAAAAGACAGCGAGAUGAUUCCGCUGCCCCAGCUAAGGGACAGACAGAGUUUCGAACUCAACCUAACGGACCUAUUGGAGGUUGCACAGGAUGACUGCACUUUAUUGGAGAACGCCAUUCGAUACAACGGAAGAUUCAGAGAUUUCAGAGACUUAAUCCAACGCUUGCAGUACUGAAACAGUGCACUCAAAACACACACAUCAAGUUUCACUUAAAUACAUAUUUUUUGCUGAUUCAUAAUUAUAGUGAUCAGAGCUACUAUGAAGCAUAAUACCCAGGGAUCCUCCCCAUUCAUUGACACCAGGAUAAGGCAGGACGAAUUCCCCUUAAACUGGGUCCAAAGGAUAUGAAAUAUCCUGCCUUUAUUAUAGUACACAAAUAGGGUUUGCCAGUUGCAUGCAAGCUCUGUCCCAAACAUGAAUAACACAAUUUUCCAGAGUUGCUUGGCCGUUCAGCUGGGGAAGAGAAAAUGAUCCUCGAGUGUUUGAGCGGUUGACCAACUCUAAUGGAUAGAAGUCUUGAAGUCAACCUCACUGACAAUCUUUAUUGGAACACCUUGACAGCAGUUUCUGGCUGCCGUUACACACCAUGCAGUUUUCAAAAGCAGCACUAUCUCCAAAUCUUCAUUAAUAAAACAUCAGUAUACAAACAUACCAUUUGUCUUUGCUAACGUGUAAUCCCCUAGCUUGAACUUAUCUUCAGGUGUGGCAGCAGGAUCAAUUAUUAAGAACUUGCCAUCAUCACUAUCGCCACCAUCUUCCCAGAAUUGGAGU